GUCAGAACUUGACACUGUCAUAUGGCAAAACGUCAAGUUCAGUCACUUCCAGUCCAGAGGUACAGUUUGGUAAUUUUUUUAAAUAUUUACGUAAAUUAAAAGAUAUAACUUAUUUAAUAAAAUUUCAGUAUACAAAUAGCGCCGAUAAUACAAUGACUGCCAAAAAGAUUGUAUUUAAGCAGGACAAGGACGAUGACGAAUACGAAUAUUUAGGAACACAGUGUUUUCAAAUCAAUCCCCAUGUUGAAGAGAAAGAAAUUCCAACGAACGGCGAAGAAUACCUAUUAAAAGUGAUUAAGGAACGUGCGAAGUAUGCUACAGUAACAAAGUGCGAUUUAGACAUAUCAGAAAUAAAUAAGAAACGUUGCAAUACUGUAAACGAGCAUGAAAAUCCUGUGCGGCCAGAACUAUUAAAACCAACAAUAGAAUGGCAAAACAUUCAAAUUGCGGACUUUUCAGAUCUUCACAUGUAUGUCAUACGUAUGGCUGCUAGAAAAAGAUGUUUACUGCCUUCGAUAUUUGAAGAGACAUAUAAAGACUUUUUAAAUGAUGGUGAUAUAUUGUGGGACAAGGUUUUUGAAAGUACAGAGCCUACACUAUCACAUGUUGUUGGGUUAACACAUAGUGCAGUUGAAAGUGGUUUGGAUGCUAUAUUGUCAACUCUUCAAGAAGUACCACCAGGACAGUCUAUUGAUCGUAGAACAGGAUUAUGGCUCCAUGCACUGCUCACUGUCACAAGGCAUCCACCACAGUCAGAUGACAGCUUUAUACUUAGAAAUAUUUGCAGAAGAUGUGCUGAAAUAAGGGCCAGUAUUGACUUAAAUGCGGAAAAUGCAAGAGAACUAGCAACACCUUUAAAUAUUUUUAUAUGUAUCAUAGCAAAGUAUUUUGGACAACAUGACUUAGGUGACUAUGAACUUGAUGAUUCCAAAGUUGCUCAAAUUUAUUAUGAUUCAAAAGUAGCACAGAUAUAUUAUUGACAAAGAUUUUAAUGCUUCCUCCUUGUAAGUCAAAGAGAGAAGUAGUCUGUAACACAAAUGAGACUGACUGCCAAUUUAAGAC